AUGGGUCACGCGGCGUUUCAGCUCGUUCGCGCCGUAACCCUAACGGACACCUCUGGUAGCUCUCGUUCUUCUCCCACUCCCCCUAGCACCGCUCUCAGCCGCUUUCUCGGUCCCGCUGCGACGGCGACGGCGAGUCCGAGUCGCAUUCUCUGCUGCACCCAAUGGCGCUCCUCCAUUCUCAUUGGCUGCAGCGACGGCGCGCUGUUAGAGUACCGCCCGGCGGGAGCGGCAGCAUCAGCAGCAGCGGACCAAUCAGCGGCUUCCGCGCCGCGUGUCGCGGCUGGCAACGGUGGCUAUUCGCUGUUCGCGCGGAAAGACGGUUUCGCGCCGUCCGCCAUUAUGCGACUCGAGAUCGCGCUGCCGACAGCAGCUGCUGCUGAUAGUUCCGAUGCCCCCGCCGCCCCCGCCGCUUCCGCCACGUCCGGCGCUUCCGGGGCGGCGGGCAUGCUGAUCGCGCUGGCGGACUGCGUGAGGCUGGCGGCGCUGCCUUCUUUGGAGCCGCUGACGUGUCUCCCGCGCACAGCUGGCGCCACGUCAUUGGCGUGGGACGCGGAGGGCGGCGUGCUGUGCGUGGCGAUCAAGAGGAGAGUGCUCGUGCUGCGGUUUGAUGGCCGUUCAACCUUCAAGGAGGAGCGAGAAUUCACCUGUCCAGACGCCCCUCGCCUGCUCGCCCUGCCCUCGCCCACCACUCUCUGCGCCGCCACACCCACCAAGUACCUUCUGCACCACAUUCCACCGCCCGGCACCGUUGGAAGCGGGGGCUCGUGGCGGGACAUGCUGCCAUGCGGGCAGGUGGCCCCACCCAGUGUGGUGAAGUUGCCUCGUGGAGAGAUGCUAGUCGGCAAGGACAGCAUAGGGCUCUUUCUUGACGCCUCUGGUCGCCCUCUGCGCUCACACGGCAUCAACUGGUCGCGCCCGCCCUCCCACGUGGCUGUUAUGCCCCCCUAUGCCCUCGCCAAGCUGCCCAACUACAUCGAGGUGCGCUCCUUGCUUCCAGGUCAUGCUUUGGUGCAAGCCAUCCCCCUGCGGGAGCAUGCAGCGUUGUGGACUCCUCUAAAUCUCCCCACUGCCACUACUGGCGCCGUUGAAGGCAGCAGCAGGGGGGCAGGGCGGUCAGCCCGGGGUGUGUUUGCAGUGGCGGAGGAGAGUGUGUACAUCGUCGCUCCUGUCUCCCUUGCCGCUCAGAUCGACCAGCUUGUGAGCGAGGGGCUGUUUGAAGAGGCGCUCUCUCUGUGUGAGGGGCUGGAGGAUGGAGAGGGGGAGGAGGAGGAAGGGGCGAGGGAGGGGGAGGAGGAGAGGAGUGGCCAUCCGAGAAGGCGCAUGGACUUGGUUCGACUUCGUCUGGCCCACCAUCUCUUCUCAUCGGGUGAAUUCGAUCGAGCCAUGCAGCAACUCGCCCUCUGCUCCUCGCCGCCCCUCCUCCCAGCCCUCUCGCUCUUCCCCUUCCUCCCCUCCCUCCCCUCCUCCAUCCUCUCCCUCGCUACCGCCUCCUCCCCCUACCCUCCCUCCUUCCCCUCCGCCUCCCCCUCCUCCCCCUCCUACCCUCUCUCUCCUUCCUCCACACCUUCUGCUGCUGCAACACCACUGGGAACUGCCUUUGACUUCAACCACUCGCUCUUCUCCUCCUCUGGGCCCCUCACCUUCGGACAGCGUCCCAGCCCACCUCCCCCUGCUGCCACUAGCAGCAGCUACAACACCCACGGCUCCCUUGGCAGUAACAUCAAGAGUGGCGAUGCAACCGCCACCGUAGAAAGCAGCAGCAGCAGCAACAACCUGGGAGCGAGUGGUGGUGGUGGUGGUGGGGGGGUGUCUUUCGAAGGGCCUCUGGAUGCAGCAUCUGUUUCUCGCGCUGCUGCUGCUGUCACUGCUGCUGCUUCUGCUGCUGCUGUGCGGACUGGUGAUGGGCAUGGGCAGGCGUUAGCCAUACAGGCAGCUCCUUCUGAGUUCUCCCCUGCGGCGGUUGAUCGCUUUAUUGCCGCUCUCUCUGUUCAGACUUCUCUCUCUCAGCCUCAUCCUCCUGCUGCUUCUCCUUCACUUGUCAUUCCGAAUCAAGAAGGGAGAGGUGUUGGGACUGAUAAUGGGUUAUUUCAUAUGCAGAGUGAAGGAGCAGGGAGAGGUGGAGGGGGAGCGUCCAUGUCAGCAGCGGGCGUUGCUGACUCAGCAGACCCGAUGCACCCGCUCCGGUCGGCCCUGCAUGUGUUGUGGGCGGCGGACAACGUCUGCCACGUCAGCACUGUGGAAGCUGCACUGCGUGAGGAGGACAGGUGGCGCGACGUGAUUCGCUUUUUGUUUUUUAAGGGAUUGCACAGAGAGGGUCUUGUGUUCUUAAGAGAGAUGCUUAAAGGCGGUGGUGUGGGAAUGGGGUGGGAAGGGGAGGAGGGGACAGAGCCGGUGGGACGGAGGAAGGGAGAGGGAGAAGGAAUGGAGGGAGAAGGGGAAGGUGGUGGUAGUGGUGAUGAUGAUGAUGGUGGUGGUGGUGAUGGCACGAGGGGGAGGAGGAGGGAUGCUGACGUGGUAGAGAACUGCUUCAAGGAAUACGUGGAGCUGCUAGGUCAGCAGCCACGUCAGCAGCCGCUCGUGCUGGAGGCGCUGACGUGGCGUUUUCAGGACGACCCGACAGCAGCGCUGGCACUGCUCACAUCGCUGCGGCACCCGCCGCCCAACGACCUGGUGCUCUCGCUUAUUCGUCAGACCUGGUGCUCUCUCUCAUCCGUCAGGUGGCCCCUCACCUCAGUGCCUCCUUUCUUGAACACCUCCUGGAGCAGACAGCACAGGCCCCCUGCUCCCAGCUCAUGUUCAUUCCCCCCCUCCCUCUCUCCCUUCAUUUCCCCACCAGACCUGGUGCUCUCGCUUAUUCGUCAGGUGGCCCCUCACCUCAGUGCCUCCUUUCUUGAACAUCUCUUGGAGCAGACCGCCCAGCCCCCCCAUUGCUCCCUUCAUGUCCCGCCAUGUUCUCUGCCUGUCUCCCACCACUUCCCACCACAUCUCACCCCGCCAGACCUGGUGCUCUCUCUCAUCCGUCAGGUGGCCCCUCACCUCAGUGCCUCCUUCCUUGAACAUCUCUUGGAGCAGACAGCCCAAGCCAUGGGAGAGGGGGGUGGUGGGGAGGGCUUGGAGGAAGGGGAAGGGGAGGACGGGGAGGAGGGAUCCGGAGACGGCUGGAGGGGCAGCCGCGGCAGUGGUGGCGGCGGCGGAGGGAGCGGGAGAGAGGGUGGGGAGAGCGGAAGGCGGUGGAGUAGCAGCAGUGGGGCUGGUGCGCCUGGCGGUGGUGCUGGUGGUGGUGGGGUUGGGGAGGUGCAGGAUGUGGGAGCAGCAGCAUCACAGCUACAGCUAGACCUGGUUCGGCUCAGCCUUCACCGGGUCAGAACGGAGCUCCGCCAAUCAGCACCAGCCACGUCAGCAGCAGGGGUGUCCUCAGCCACGUCAGCAGCAGCAGCAGGGGAACGCUCUGCUGUGAUUGGUCCAGAGAGGGCCAAGCUGGCAGCUGUGUUGCAGCGUAUCAGGCUGCGACUGAUUCCAGAGCCCUCCAAGCGCCCUCUUCGAGGAAAAGACCCCUCUUGCCCUCCAAGCUUCUCCUGCACUUGUGGCUCCACACUUACGCCCAUCCACCUGCCCAUGGAUAUGCCAUCGCCCAUGCACCUGCCCAUGGAUAUGCCAUCGCCCAUGCACCUGCCCAUGGAUAUGCCAUCGCCCAUGCACCUGCCCAUGGAUAUGCCAUCGCCCAUGCACCUGAACAGGUACCCAACCGUGGCCCUGCUGCUGCUGUGUCUCAUCCCACUCAUCAAUCCCCCCUUUCCCUGCUCGUCCCUCCAGGUGCUCCACAUGCUCCCUCCAGGCUCCCUCUUUGAGGAAAAGGCCUCCCUUCUCCUGCGCCUCUUGCUCCACACUCACGCCCAUCCACCUGCCCAUGCAUCUAGCAAUGGCACUGCCACUGCACCUAACCUUGGCACUCGGGUCUGGAUGCACCCAACCAUGGCACUGCUGCUGCUGUGUCUCAUCCCACUCAUCAAUUUUCCCUUUCUUCCCUCCUCUCCGCUACAGGUGCUGCAAAUGCUCCCUCCAGGCUCCCUCUUUGACGAAAAGGCCUCCCUUUUCCUGCGCCUGGGGAUUUGUGGCAGUGCUUCUGGUGUGUCUCAUCUCAUCCCACUCAUCAAUCCUCUCCCUCCCUGCGCGUCCCUCCAGGUGCUCCAAAUGCUCCCUCCAGGCUUCCUCUUUGACGAAAAGGCCUCCCUUCUCCUGCGCCUCCUGCUCCACACCUACACCCAUCCACCUGCCCAAGCUACAGCGCCUGUGCACGCGACACCCAUGGGAGCAGCGAUGCCGUUAGGUGUAAGAAGGCCUGUGCGUGCAGCAGAGGCGGCAGCAGCAGCAGUGGAGGCAGUGGGAGGUCGGGAUGCCCUCCUGUGGAUGGUGCUUGUGCUCUAUGCCAGGAAGGUGCGUUUUCUUGUUGGGAAGAAGGCCAAAGAGAUGUUUGCCGCCCACUUUGGAAGGAUCUACAUAACAAGUCAAGGGGAGGGAGAGGAAGGUGCGGAGAAGGUGGAUGGAGGUGGAGGGCCAGGAGAUGGACAAGGAGUCAAAGCAGAAACAAGAAUGGCAGAAGAACCAGCAGAAUCAGCAGCAAUGGAUGCAGCGGCAAGUGCGACUGGUGCAGAGAAGAGGGGAAAGAGACUAGCUGUGAUUGCGGAUGUGGAAAGGGAGGGGGAAAACAGGGAGGAAAACAGCAGCCCUGCCUCGUCGUCGUCCCUUGUGGUUUCCUCCUCCCCGGCCCCACAAGGCCCCACGGGUGUGACACGUGUUCUGAAAGAAGGGGGGGAAGCAGGUCAAGCCUUUGAUGAGGUUAGGAGGCGAGGGGGGGCGAACAGGUGGGGGCUGAGGGAGGGGGUGAUGGUGGCGGCGGCUCUUGAGAGCGUGCUGCCAUAUUUAGGGGCGGGGCUGCGAGCGGGCAGUGAGCAGCAGAGGAACGAGCUGCCAUGCAGCGUGCUGCCAUACCUAGAGGCAGUGCUGCGAGCGGGCAGCGAGCAGCGGAGGAACAGUGCUGUGGUGAAGAACCUCAGGCGCAGCGAGAAUCUGCAGCUCCGGGAGGAGUUGGCGAAUGGAAGGAAGCGCCACGCCAGCAUCACGGGGGACCGACUGUGCGCCAUCUGUCGCAAGCGGAUUGGUGGGAGCGUGUUUGCAGUCUAUCCGGGCGGCACGCUGGUGCAUUUUGUCUGCUUCCAACACCACCAGACGCAGCUGCCUGCUGCUGCUGCACUCCCUUGCCCCCACUCCCUUGCCCCCACUCCCUUGCCCCCACUCCCUUGCCCCCACUCCCUUGCCCCCACUCCCUUGCCCCCACUCCCUUGCCCCCACUCCCUUGCCCCCACUCCCUUGCCCCCACUCCCUUGCCCCCACUCCCUUGCCCCCACUCCCUUGCCCCCACUCCCUUGCCCCCACUCCCUUGCCCCCACUUCCUUGCUCUUCCUCUCUGCUUCCUCCCGCUCCUGGGCCGUGUCCCACACUGGACCCUUCCACCCUGCUAUCCCCAGUUCCCCUUGCCACCAGUUGCUCGUCAUUUCAGCUGAUACACCUGCCCUGACCCUCACCUCUUCGUUCUUCCCUUCAGCUUCUACUGCUGCUGGUGCACCCGCCCAUGCCCCCAACUCUUCGUUCUUCCCUACUGCUUCUGCCACUUCUGGUUUGCACGCCUUUACCCCCAUCUUCUCUUCCUUCCCUUCCGCUUCCGCUGUUGCUGGUGUACACGCCUCUACCCCUACCUUCUCGUUCUUCCCUUCUGCUUCCGCCACUGCUGGUACACACUCUUCUGCCCCUUCCUGCUCGUCCCUUCCUUCCGUAUCUGCUGCUACUGUUACACAUACCCCUGCCCCCACCUUCUCCUCCUUUCCUUCCGUUUUUGGAGUUGCUGCUAUACAUGCCCAUGCCCCCACCUUUCUCACACGCUCCCCUCGUCCGUCCCUGCCCCCACUGCGCAGCCUCAUAUCUUCACGAACACGCAGCACAGCAUAG